CUUUAACCCCGCCCAAGUAGGAUAGCUAGGUCGCUUUUGUUAUAGGAAUCGUGUCGUGAUGGAUCUUGCUCGGAAUUCCCAGGCUCUCUUAGCCUUGGGUAGUGGUGUUACUCUCCACCAUCUGUUCUACCGCUUGAGCGAAUGGGAUACGAGAUCUCCAUUUCUGUUGGUUUCGUAUAUUUUUGCCUUGGUCGCUGGGAGUGUCGGCAUUUGGCUUCUAAGCAGCCGAACGGAAGUUGUCGUCCCAUUCUCCCCAAAUGAAUUCCGAAGGUUUUGGCUUUAUCACAUCCUCGGUGUCUACAGCAGCAUGCUGGUCUACCGGGGAUUCUUCCACAGACUGGGAAAAUUUCCUGGUCCUUUCCUUGCGCGCUUGUCCAACGUCUAUCUGACAAUGAUGUCUUCCAAACUUCAUCUCUACGAGGAGAUUGGCAAGCUUCAUGAGACAUAUGGGGACUAUGUUCGAACAGGUCCGACCGAACUCUCAAUCACAGAUCCUGCAGCAGUCCAGGCGAUUUAUAGUAUCCAGUCCAAGGCUACGAAAGGCCCUUGGUAUACAUUGCUCGACCCACGAGUUUGCCUAUCCUUCACCAGAGACAAGCAAGAACAUGCGCGCCGCCGGAAAGUUUGGGAUCGGGGAUUUAGUACCAAGGCAAUCCGCGCCUAUGAACCAGUCGUUGCAGGAUACGCCCAGCAACUUGUGGAAGUUGUGGAGCGAGACCUUGCCAGUCCAAUUGAUAUGACGCGGUGGUUCAGCUACUAUGCGUUUGAUGUGAUGGGAAGGCUGGCUUUUGGAAAAUCAUUCAAUAUGAUUGCCGAAGGCAAAGAGGCUUAUUUUCUGAAGACAAUUCGGACGGAUAUGACAAACAUUGGCCAUCUUAAACACAUGCCCUGGAUAUUCCCCAUCGUCAUGAAUAUUCCGCUCCUAAACGCAAACAACCAGAGGUUUUGGAAGUGGAUUGAAAGCCAGUUCCUGGAAAGGAGUGCUAAAGAACCAGAGCAGCGAGAUAUAUUUUCUUGGAUUCUUGAUGAGUAUAAGAAAGGGCCCCAGUCACCCCAAGAUACGCUUAACCUCCAUGGAGAUGGCUAUUUAAUUAUUGUGGCGGGAAGUGACACGACUUCUACAAUUCUAUCACAUCUUUGGUUCCAUCUUGCCAGUGACCAGGCUUUAGUUCAAAGGCUUCAGAAGGAGAUUGACGAACUAAAGGAGCUGAACGAUGAUACGAUCUCCAAGAUCGAUCUUCUUGAUGCCGCAAUUCACGAGACCCUUAGAUUGCACCCAGCGGUUCCUUCUGGUCUUCAGAGACUCACACCACCACAGGGUAUGACCAUUGGCAAUACAUAUGUUCCUGGAAACACUAUUGUCCAAGUGCCUUUAUAUACAAUGUUCAGAGACCCACGGGCGUUCGAGAGUCCAAACGAGUUCAUUGCGGAACGCUGGACUACCAAUCCCGAACUUGUCAAGGAUAGAUCCGUGUACAUUCCAUUCAAUAUAGGACCGUGGGCCUGUGUUGGUAAGCGGCUUGCACUCAUGGAGCUCCGGCGAGUGACUGCAGAGCUCCUUCUUCGGUACGACAUUUCCUUUGCUCCAGGCAAAGUCAACGAUGCCUUUUUAAUGGACGGGAAAGAUACGUUUACCCUUACUGCUGCACCGCUAUUAUUGAACUUCAUCAAGAGGCAGUAAGCUACAACUGGAGCCGAGAUAGCUAUAUCUAAACUAUAUCUUACUUAUUUUACAUGGUGUGAAACUGUUGUCCAGUUACCAGCCAUGAAGUCGACGCUAAAUACCAAUAUGCAAGUGUGCGACAACCUUG